AUGUAUCAGCCGUAUCUACAGCAAGCCGUCCAAUCGCUCCAGGGGCUUAGCUCGGAUGAGCUGAGGGAUCUGCUGGCGGACGACGAGAAGCUGGACGAACGGGUUAACGAAGCGGUUCAAUCACUAGAAUCCUCAAAGGAUUUGAUUAUUGCCGAAAACCGAAGCCUCGCAGAGAAAAACUUGAACUUUGAACCAAAGAUGGUCGAGCAGCGAUCGCGGGUGCAGGAACUGGCCGAUGAGUGCCGUGCGCUGGGUGAAUCCGUGAAGGAAAAGUCGACCCAACUGUCUACAAAAUCCGAAUCAAACAAUGCUGAGACAGUGCUGGCACUGUUGCAAGCGGCCGCAGCAGAAACCGAAGAGGAAUCGGAAAGCAUUGUAAAACGGCUGCUCGAUAGCGAACUACCAGUGGAUGCUUACUUAGAGCAGUUUAUGAACAGCCGCAAACUGAUGCACAGUCGAAAGCUGAAGGCGGAGAAGAUGACCGAGCUGCUGCGUAGCAACAGACACACUACUCAACGGUUUGAUGCAGGGUAUGGUCCGGCCUCGAUGCCCUACCCAUCGUCAAACAAUUCCGUGCCCGGUGGUUUCUACGUCCCACCGGGAAUGACAACCUCAAGCACCACUGCUGUGCCCUAUCCGGUGGGGCCUCCGUCGAUGCCGAUGCCAACCGUCAUGUUCCGACCUCCACAAUUCUAG